GAUAUGGUCAUAUGACUGACCGUACACGGAUGGUAUGUGGAAUCAAAGCGGUUAGUGGUGCUGUUUGGGAACUGCGAUUAUAUAGCUAACUAGUUAGUAUAGUUUUCUGGAGACAUCUGUGUGCCACCUAUAACGUAUGUUUUUUUUUCAUUUUACAAAGACUAUUCCUUGAUUUUGUUUGAAGACUGCAGACAGAAUGCGUUUGUGUACUUUGGCAUUUUUUUCCUUGGUUCUGUGUAAUGUCACCUGGGCUGUAUACGAUCCGGAUGAGGUGACCGACUUACCUGGAAUGUCCUUUAAGCCCAACUACACACAGUGGUCCGGCUACCUCAAAGCGAGUUCUGGGAAGUAUCUCCAUUACUGGUUCGUGACGUCACAGAGGGACCCAGAAAAAGACCCCGUUGUUCUCUGGCUGAACGGCGGUCCGGGAUGCAGCUCGUUGGACGGGUUCCUUUCUGAGAACGGACCUUUUCACGUGGCAGACGAUGGUGCUACCCUGUAUCAGAAUGAGUUCAGCUGGAACAAAGUCGCUAACGUGCUGUACCUGGAGUCACCUGUUGGUGUGGGAUAUUCUUACUCGGAUGAUAAGAAAUAUAAAACGGAUGAUGAUGAGGUGGCCGAGAACAACUAUCUGGCCCUGCAGAGCUUCUUCCAGAAGUUCCCCAACUUCACCAAGAACGAGUUCUACGUGUUCGGGGAGAGCUACGGCGGGAUUUACGCCCCCACGCUCAGCCUCAGGGUGGCGGCCGGGAGCGCCCCUAAGAUGAAUUUAAAGGGCUUCGGAGUGGGGAAUGGCAUCAGCAGCUUCGCCCUCAACGACCAGUCGCUCGUCUACUUCGGAUACUACCACGGCCUCUUCGGAGAGCAACUGUGGGCGGAUCUCAACAGCCAUUGCUGCAAAGACGGCGCCUGCAACUUCUACAACAGCAGCCAGCCGGACUGCGUGCAAUCGGUGUCCGAGGCGUUCGGUAUUAUCUACGAGUCGGGCCUUAACGAGUACGCCCUGUACCUGGACUGCGCCGGGGGGGCGACGUCGGUGAGGUCGUACCACAAGACCAUGCUCAACCUCUUCAGGAACUACAGGAAGCAGUGGAGCACUGACAAUCUGGCCUCCAGGGAGGGAGGGGCCAGCGGCGUGCCGGCGGGCGGUCUGCGGGGGGUGCCUCCCUGCAUCAACAGCACCGCGCAGAUAAACUGGCUGAACCGAGGCGACGUGCGCAAGGCCCUGCACAUCCCCGACACCCUGCCGCCCUGGGACAUCUGCAGUGACGAGGUUGGAAUGCAGUACCAGGUGAAGUACAGCACCGUGAGGGAUGUGUACCUGAAGCUGCUGAGCCUGGGCCUCAGGGCGCUGGUGUACAACGGGGACACGGACAUGGCCUGCAACUUCAUUGGAGACCAGUGGUUCGUGGAGCAGCUCAACCAGAAGGAAACCGCCAGCUACCAGCGCUGGUUAUACGACAAACAAGUCGCCGGGUUCUACCAACAAUUUGGCAACAUAACCUUCCUGACGGUGAAAGGGGCAGGUCACAUGGUACCACAGUGGGCUCCAGGACCCGCCCUCCACAUGUUCCAGUCUUUCCUGGCCAACAGCCCUUACUGAGCAUGCUCGGGACUUUUCUCCCCCGUCAAUCACUUCUCUGACCACUCCCCCUUGUUCCAGAACAAGAGAUCAUUGCUGCAGAGUGCUAAUUAGAAAUACAGAUCUAGCAGCAGCUUUAAGGUAAAACCAGCUGUCCUCAAAUGUUUGUGUGCCCUAUCAUAUUGAUUUUCAGCUGUCUAUUUUUGUAUGUUUGUUUACCUCAGCCUUGGAGAACACAAUAUAAAUCAUUUUGUUCCCGAUAUCUUACUUUCAACUUACUUCACGGUGUAACUUAUAAGGGAUACAACCAUUUUAAAUGGCUUUGAGAUAAUUGGGGUUCUUUGGCACCAUCUAAACUGAUUUGUAUUUGUAUUAUCUUUUUAAAACACAAAAAUCAUGGCGUUUGAGAAACAUCACAUUCAGGAAGGUAAUAUAUUCAUUCCUGUGCCAGAAUAACCAAUGAUGUCUAGACUGAUUUUUGUCCUGACCUAGUUUCUCCCUUCUUGGGGGUGGGGGGUAGGGGGAAAGAACGAUAUGUUUAAUUUAUCAGGAGCCCAAACUGUGAUUCCAGGCUCACUGUGUUUAGUUCCAGAGGUACUGGCCUGACUGUAUGGGAACAGAUAGAGGUUUAUUGUGAGGAUUGGAACAUGUCCACAUCACUUUAAUGUGCCUCAGGUUUGAGUUAAUUGCACUUAACAGGAAAUGAAUGUUAAUAUGAGCCCACUGAGCAAGGACUGCACUGUACUGUCAUUUAAUCCGUACAAACAUUCACCGCUGAUCAUUGCCCUGCCGUGGCUUGUUCAAUGCAACAUAGCUUUUUAAUUGAUCUUUGCAGUUGCCAUUUCCAAUAGCUGUCUGUCCAAAAGAGCAUCUAUUCGUCAUUCGUGUCUUAUUUUGAUUACAUUGCGCCUUCUCUAAAUUCAUCUGGGAAGGCAAUUCCGAUGAAGCGGUCAUAGUUGUGCCUUUUUAUGGUCAGUGGUCUCGUAAUGUCGUUGGGGAAUUAUGCUGCGUGUUUUCUGGGUAAGAGCACAGGGGUUUGUGUUGCCCUGGCAACAAGGGAAAAGGGGAGGAGUUUCAGAAGGACUCCAUCCUGCUGAUGGGAGAGUACGGCUGUGUGACCCUCAGAAUGGUUGGAGCUGUCAUUAGUGACUCCGUGAUUUCAGCCAGUCAGCUUGCUGUGCUCUGAACAGCCAAUCACUGACUGCCAUCAUGGUGAGGAGAGCCUGACCCUUUAUGAGAGUAACGUAGCUCUGUUAUCUUAUAUUACCACAGCAAUCUACUUGUCAUAUCUCACCCUUCAGGUGUCACGUGUAGGUGGCACUGUUGUGGAUGAAUACCCUCAUUAAAGGCAAUCGAAUCAGUGCAAUUUUUUCUUUUUGUCUUUAAAUCCUCGUUUCCUAAUAAAACAUUCUUGGUAUGAA